AUGCCUCCACGCCAGCUCAGGCACAAGAAGGUGGUCGAAGACAAAAAGCUCGAUACAAUGGGCUAUUUUUACUCCAUCGCAGCGCCUCCCGCUGCGGGCUCAGGUCAAGGGCCUUCGAGGUUGUUCGCGGCUCCGGGUGAAACCGUCCGCUCUUCCUCUGGACUUGAGGAGCAGGCCACGGCCGACCGCUCCAGUUCAAUAUCGAGACAGUUUGCGGCUCUGGGUGAAACCACCCGCAUCUCCUCUGGGCUUAAAGGACAGGCUACGGUCGAACGUCCUAGCUCCACAUCGAGGAUGAACUCGGUUUUGGAUAACACCACCGAACCUUCCUCAGAACUCGGGGGGCAGGCUACGGCCGAGCAUCCCAGUUCUCCAAAGGCCAACCUGAAAAGGGAGGCCUCUUCUCCAAUCAAGGCCCAGCGCCCGGGCCGGAAAUUGAUGAUGUCUGCUUCGCUCGCGCGUACAGAGUCGAAGUUCUUUGCCACGGCAAAGCCUGUCGCCGAGUCGUCGGCUGCUGGUGCUGCGUCACAGUCGCGCUUGCAUUUGGGUUCUGACGACUACGGUGGUUCAGAUCUUGAAGACGACCUGCGCGCAAUUUCCGUAAUGGAAGAGCGCACGGGGAAAGAAAAGUUGCCCCAGCGCGACCAGUAUGAAGACGUCGGUCACGACCAGUCCGACGACUUCGGCUAUACAGCCGAUGACGAUGAUGCUUUCAUGUCAUUGUUCGAUGAGGAUGCUGGGCCUUCGGCUGUUGCUGCGCCGGUGCCAGCGCCUGCACUUGUGUCCGAGCCAGCGCGAGCGCGUAUACCUGGGCCUGAGCGUUCUCGCGCUCGAAAAGGUGUUGGCGCUCCAAGUGGUCAAGACAACCAUAACUGGAGGGGUGGUCGCAAGGCCGAGGGAAAGAAGGCCACAGUCGAAGACAUUGUUGGCAAUGGACCUUCCGGUGUGCAUCCUCCGUUGGAGGAUGUCACAUUAUCCUAUGAACCAACUUCCAGACUUGGAAAGUGGAUGGAAGUGCGCAACAAGGCAUUCACGAGUCUAAAGAGGGUCGUCACACCUACCUUCAUCGACUGUAGCCUUUUCCGCCUUGAUGAAGAAUGGGAUGAGCAGCCCGUUCUUCAUGGUCGCAACUAUGAAGUCGCCUCUGCCGGUGAACACACGCCCCGCCGUGGCAGUAGCUUGCAGCUGCUCAGUUUCACCAGUCAUCCUGGUGCAGAUCCUAUUGUUGCCGUUAUUGAUCCGAAGUGGCUCCCAAAGAAUACCCGGGAGAACGCAUUGCGAUUUGGCCAGGCUGCAUGCAAACUCUUCGAUCGAGUUCCCAACAGCUACCCACCAUCGCUGCUGCCUCUUCUGGCUGACAACUGGGGUCUAGCCAUGACUAGGAACUCGCACAUUAUUCUUGCCCGCCAUAUCUGCAGACGUGCUUUCAAGACGUUCCUGCCUGAUAAGAAGCCAUCCGUUCAAAUCGUUACGAGAACGAUAAACAACCAACUGUAUUUCCAAGGCCGGAUACAGGCUAUUGAAUGCGUUGUAAAGCUUACGAUUCGGCCGAAUCUCCUGAACAUGUCUGUUCCUGCGCCAGAUGCCCCCGAGGAUAUCGACUUUGAGGUCAAGUAUCCGGGUAAAGAUUCGGAUGCGGAUCGCCCGGCGUGGGAACACACUGCCGCGGUCUUUAAAUUCGCCAUGACGCGCGCUUUCUGCGCUUCCGCUUGCAAGCUCCGAAGCUAUUCUGUCUCAGAAUUCUGGGCUGACAGCAUUCGCCCUUGGCGAAAGAGUUUUCGUGACAAGUCUAAGAGCAGUAUUGGCCGUACUUAUAACGGCGACUACGUUCUCACAUUGGGGAGGCAUUUGAAUUUCACUAGCCUCGCUCUGACAACUACAGUUAAGAGGGAUAUUGUUGGAAAAUAUAUCCCUACAUUUUACCUCUCAGGCGUCUCUAAGAACCGUGCGGCAUAUGUCCGCGAGUCGGUGACUCAGGCUUUCAAUGCGGGUAGAGGCAUUUUGAAUGCCAUACAGCAUGGUCUCGUUAUUUGUGAGCUAUUGAGCAGCGAUAUGGGCUUUGUUCCGGACUCUGCAGCUCUUUGUACCUGCACUGUUGUCUCUGGUCGUUUCCUUGUCCACUUCUGUCAAUCUUGCAACUGGCCUGUGCGAUGCUGCGAGCUCAAGCAAACCCCGACAGGACGUCGGCUGUGUGGUUUGUGCGUCCGGACUCACGGCAUGUUCUUAGAAGAGCAAAUUGACCUUAACCUGGGUGGGUUGGUCGCGGGUGACAAGAUGAAGUCGAAGGCUUCAGCAUCGAGUAUGACCAGGGAUGAAAUCCGAGCUUUUAUCUCUGCUUCCUUCAAUAGGGAGGACAUGAAGGCAGACGACGCAUACGUCCCAAACACAACCCGCGGGUUAGAACCAGGUCCGUUCGGAGCAUCCGCUGAUGCAAAGUUCCCGUACGUUCGCCUGAACGGGAAGACAGCUCUCCACACGUUUGAUAACGUGGCUGUUACGGCACUGUGGAUUAACUUCUGCAAGAAUCGGUUCUUGCCUGGUAUUCUUGGAGUUCUGAGUGAAGCUCAGUCCUUGCGAGAUCGCUCCCGAGAAGACCCUGAGUGGCGCAACUUAAUGCUUCGGUUUGAUCAUCAAUUUGGUCUGAUCGCGGCUGUGCCCAAGAACAAGAGCCUUAGACUGGACAAAGCCGUGUCUUCCGUACACCAUAGGCUGACUAAAGAGAACUGGAAGAGUGGUCGAUGUCCAGAUCGUUCCGUGCUAUCUCGUUCAGGCCAAACCUUUUAUGGUGCAAACCAGGGAUCUUACGAUGGUCCCUUCGUCCGGACCGCAGAAAAGAUCAUCCGCGAGAUGGAGAACCACUACGCACGUAGUGUUCCUCGCUCAUCUUCUGGGGCACCGUGGCCUUUCAUGAGCCAUCAUAUGCCUAAGAUAUGGUCAUGGGGCAACGUUAUUGCACUUUUCAAGUAUCGUUCUUACCGCAUGCGAUUUGAUUGCAACAGCAAGCAUGCUACCAUUGAUACGCCACUCUCUUUACUACUAGAGUGCAUCCGUCAGUACCUCCAGUACGAGGGUCGAGAUCAUAUCUUUGGCCUAGAGAUGACUAUCUGGGAGCACCACCCUCUGUGUUUUGCUGUUGCACAUGAUCGUCACGGCGAGCAGAUGAGGAGCGGAUUUUUGAAUCCUAGCAACAUCCAAAGCUUUGCUGAGGAGUAUGAUCAGGGCUUUUGCAACAUUGCAUUCCAGCCGCAAGUUGUCAACUUUGCUGUCCACAAUUUUUCACAGAAGCAUUACGCUCGCAUGGUCACGGAGCUGGCGACAAUUCCUUGGAACUGUGAGCUCUACAAGCGCCUUGACAACCCUCCGGCGCUCACCAUCCAAUUGGUAACUAUCGAACAAUCCAAGAAAACCCUUGAUGAGUUUGGUGAAGUGGAAGCGGUGUCAGACAGUGACAUUGGCGAGGACGACAAUGGUGAUGAUGAGUAG